AUGGCCGACAGGGGCAGCCGCGGACGUUUGGGUAUUGGAGUGGAGCUUGGUGGCAAGUCGGUUGAAGGGCUCGACUUCCACCUGGUUGACAUUGGCACCGUCUUCGACUGCUACCUCACCGAUCCAGCCGUCCAAGACAUGCAACAGCACUCGUUCAAGACCGCGGGGUCCGAGCAGCUCGCUCUCAUUCCAGGGGACGGCUUGCGCGCGGACCUCCUCAUUUCGCCUGGUUCCUGGUCCACCGAAGGUCGUCGCUUCUUACCUAAGCCAGGGCAUGUCGCGCUCACCGGCGGGAUGUACGAGGAAGUGUCUGCUGUGACGGAGGCGCACCCGCGCGUGGAGCGACUCCUGGAAAGCCUGGUGGAGGAGAUGUGGUGCUACGGCGAAGAGGAGGACUUAACGAAAGAUGCCACGUCUCUGGACGUCUGGGUUAUGGAGCCCCCGCGCGCCCUCCUCCACAACACACCCUCGGACGCCACGCCCGUUUGCAAGGCAGGCAGACUGUUUUUCCUGCAUUUGCUCGGGCUCGACACCACCGGUCACUCGUACCGCCCUCAUCCAAGAGAGUACUUGACGAACAUUCAAGUAGUGCACCAGAUCGCCAAACACACGGAAGAGCUCUUUCUUGAGCUCUACUCGGACGACGAGAGAGCGUACGUCUUUACCCAGUCUUCAAGACAACCAUCUUCAUCCUCGUGCCUUAACAACCUCGGCUGGUCGCUAUUCCUAGUGGCCGACAUCGCCUGGGACGGCAACCUACGCGACAAGAAAGGCGUUCCACCUGAGUUUCAUAGGCCUGGGUCUUUUCCGUGCUAUACACCGCCGCGCUACCCUUCGUUUUUCGCGUCGACCGGACACGCGCGUUUCUUCCUCGGACGUGGAGUAGCCUUCGUGUGGCUGGCGAUUGCUGUGUUCUACGUCGCGUAUUCGCCGACGCCCACAAUGUGGCCGGAACCGUUGCCUCGGUAUCCCCCGGUCCUUAACCCGUUCCUCAUGGCGGCCAUCUUGAUGGUUGCUUCCUUCACCAUCCUCGCGAUCCACUUGAAUGCACGCUUCUCGCUCCCCCGUUCAGCCUCUCCCUCGUCGUCCCUACCUUCACAGAUAUACCCCCCCUACGUUCACUGCCGCGUUGUCAGCGUACUGGAAGCGACCGAGGCCAUGCACCAGUACUACGCCGUCAACCUCAUGGACAGGUCGGUCUGGGGCAGCAUCUCGCCGACGGCCAAGGUAGUCAAGCCCCUCUUAGUCCACUAUCGUUUUCUCAUCGUCUUUUCCGCCUCAGAUUCCUUUCAUCACCUAUUGCGGCCCGAGGUCCCUCCCGACCAGCCCUCGCGUUCGUCCGAGAAGAUCACCGAGUCGCUCAUCAUCGCCGAUGAGUACCCCUCCGCAGGCUCAUCCCCACCGAUCCGAUCGCGCGUACACGCCUGCGCCUCUUCGUCAACCAAUGGGAGCGCCCUUGGGGCAAGCAAGUUCGCGGUCGGGGACGGGCUCACGCUCGCGGACGUCGCCGUUGCGCAGUUCCUGUUCCGGCACUACCACCUCAUGCGGCACGAGACAAGCACCCGUUGGGCGAGGUUCGUCGACCGCCUGGAGGGGCCCGGGUUUGCGCGGUUCCGCGAGUAUGCGGAGGCGGUCAAAUCGCACCCGAGCGUCAAGAAGACGCAUGAUGAGGUCCGUAGAAUGACGCAACAUCUCGGAACCCCGAGACGAAGGCUCUCGCGCGCGCGCCCCGCAACGCUCGGCGCGGCGAAGGCGGAGGACGGGCACGCGUGCACGGCGUACCGCGCCCCCGCACGGCCGUGGUACAAGACCCGCAAGUGGCUGCUGAUCUUUUUCGUCGCCGGCAUCGUCGCCGCCGCCGCCGUCGUGGGCGGCGCCGUCGGCGUCACGGGCAACCAGGGCCACACCAACGCCCUGACGUCGUCGACGGCGGCGAACCCUGGGGAAAGCCAGUCGGUGACGAAGCCCGCGUUGUCGGCUACGACGAACGAGAGUGGCGGCACCGGCACGUCCACAGCGUCGGACACAUCAGGCGCAUCGGCCCAGACGCAAGCCUAA